ACUUGACAUCAAGAACCCUAGCUGUGAAGUGAAGCACACACCAAGACCAAGAGACGACGAUUUCCACCAGCAGCCCUAGCCAUGGCGGACGUUGAGACUGAUGUUGCUGGGCAGCCAGCGAAGAAAAGAACGUUCAAGAAAUUCAGCUACAGAGGCACCGAUCUCGAUGCACUCCUCGACAUGUCUACUGAUGAGCUCGUCAAGCUCUUUCCUGCUCGCCCCCGGAGAAGGUUCCAGAGGGGUUUGACAAGGAAACCAAUGGCUCUGAUCAAGAAACUGAGGAAGGCAAAACGUGAGGCCCCAGCAGGUGAGAAGCCAGCCCUUGUCCGGACCCACUUGCGAAAUAUGGUCAUUGUCCCUGAGAUGAUAGGAAGUGUUCUUGGUGUGUACAAUGGCAAGACCUUUAACCCAGUUGAAAUCAAGCCUGAGAUGAUUGGCCAUUAUCUUGCCGAGUUCUCGAUUUCAUACAAGCCAGUCAGGCACGGUAGACCAGGUAUUGGUGCCACACACUCUUCUAGGUUCAUCCCUCUCAAGUGAGAACUGCAAAGAGAAGACAAUGGGAAGAAAAUAAUUUUAUUCGUGUUUGUUCUGUACUAGCUUAUAUUUUGUAAGGUGCUGGAGCUUUAUUUAGUUCUGUGUUACCAGUAUGCGAACACUGGCUGCAACCUUUUCGAAUGGAUAUUAAAGCAUUUUGUUUGAUUGUGUGUGGAGAGAUUGUUGAAUUCUUAGCUCUUGUUAUUUGUUUCAAGUUUAAUGCCUAAAGUUGCAGUGAAUUCUGAAUUAUGUUAUGUGGAAUUUUUGUUAUGAAUAUUAUGUUAUUUCUAUAGUGAAAAGAAGUGGUGAGAGUAAGUGCUUUAGGGUUGUUUAACUGUUUUUACUUUUUAGUAAGAGUUACUACUAAA